GUCUCACACACUGAACUCCUCUCUCUCUUUAUCUCUCUCCCCUGUCGCCACCUCACACGAUCAAAUCCUUCUCUCUCUCACUAUGCUCCUCUGCUGCUGAACCACCACCUUCAGCCAGCCAUGUCCAAACUCGUCCCUCUCCUCCUCCUUUUCUCCUUCCUGAUCCUCUGCGGCCAAUCCCACGGCCGCUUCAGCCUCCCCGAGCCUCGAUUGGAUCUGCUCUCCGAUGGGGUCCACCGAUCCGGCACCUCCAGCAGCUUUCUCACUCUCCACCGCCCCUCCUUGUUGAAGGCCGAGUCCACCUGCGACGAGACCUACGGGUUCUUGCCCUGCACCACCACCGUCCUCGGCAACCUCUUCCUCAUCCUCGUCUACGGCGCUCUCAUGUACACAGCCGCCACCUACCUCUCCCACGGCAGCGAGCUUCUCCUCGAGAUUCUCGGCCCCGGGAUUAUCGGAGGCUUGUUCCUCCCCAUUCUCGGCGCUCUUCCCGACGCCAUGCUCAUUCUCGUAUCGGGACUCUCUGGGAGUACGGAAACAGCUCAAGAUCAGGUUUCUGUUGGAAUGGGCUUGCUAGCUGGGUCGACUGUAAUGCUCAUCACUGUAGUAUGGGGUUCAUGUGUUAUUAUUGGCAAGUGUGAUAUUGAGAAUGGUAUUGCCAGAGAUAACAAAGAUACUAAAGGGUUUAGCUUAACAGGUUCUGGUGUUAGUACUGAUAUCUGGACUAGCUAUUCUGCAAUAAUAAUGGCUGUAUCUGUCAUCCCAUUUAUUAUUGUUCAAUUACCGCAGCUCCUCAGUUCCACUGCAGCAAGACAGUGGGCAGUGCUAAUUGGACUAAUUUUCUCUCUUGCACUAUUGAUAUCAUACUGCACGUAUCAGGUAUUUCAGCCGUGGAUCCAGAGGAGACGCUUUGCUUAUGCAAAACACAAGCAUGUUAUAUCAGGACUUCUACAACAUCUAAAGAUGCGUGCUUUGGGAAGGCUACUUGACGAUAAUGGUGAACUCGAUAUAGAAGUUGUAACAAAGUUAUUUCAUACAAUUGAUGUGGACAGAGAUGAUCGUCUUUCACCAGCUGAGUUGAGAGCACUGAUAGUUGGAAUCCGGUUUGAUGAAAUAGAGCUGGAUAAGGAUGAUGCUGUAGAUAAAGUGAUGAAAGAUUUUGAUACUUCUCGUGAUUCUCACAUAUCGCGUGAUGAGUUCAUUGCUGGUGUCCGAAAAUGGCUUAAUGAGGCAAAACAUGCAGGAGACUCCAAAACUACCUCUGGUUCUCACACUAUGAAAUUUUUGAGUGACUUCCAUGAGCAAACAAAGAAAGAGCAUGAUCUUGUGGGGGUGGAUGAAGAUCAAAGUGAUGAGGUUGUUGAGGGUGUUGAUAAUCCCAGGAGGACCUCGAUCAAAGCGGGGCUGAUGUUGUUAGCCGGAACUCUUAUUGCGGCUGCAUUUGCUGAUCCCCUGGUAGAUGCUGUUGAUAAUUUCUCAGAUGCCACAAGCAUUCCAACUUUCUUCAUUUCAUUCAUAGCACUACCCCUGGCUACUAAUUCUAGUGAGGCUGUAUCUGCGAUAAUCUUUGCCAGUCGUAAAAAGAGAAGGACUGCCUCGCUAACAUUUUCUGAGUUGUAUGGUGCAGUGACCAUGAAUAACGUCCUCUGCCUAUCGGUAUUUUUGGCCCUGGUUUAUGUUAGGGGAUUAACAUGGGACUUCUCAGCUGAAGUCCUUGUCAUUGUUAUCGUUUGUGUUGUGAUGGGUGUUUUUGGCAGCUUACGCACCACCUUCCCUCUUUGGACAACUUCCAUCGCAUACCUACUUUACCCAUUCUCCCUGGUACUGGUUUACGUUCUGGAUUAUAUUUUUGGCUGGUCAUAGACUCCGGACGUCAUAUGGAUUCAUAGGUUUCAUUCUGUUUGUUUCUUAUGAUUUAGUCUUUAAUAAUAUUACCAUUGCGAGUAGGCAUUCAGUUCCAUUAGCAACUUGGUGAGAUGUGUAUCUGGUCUGGGUCAUACAUGAGUAUCCAAUUUUCUCAAUAUAUGUUAAAGGCUCAUUUUGAUAUUUGAUGUUGGUCUAUGGCUUCUGUGAUCUCCUUUGGGGAUCGGAGUUGUACUGAAAAGUUUUUGGUUGCAGACCUCAUUGAUCCUUAAUUAACAACAUCAGCUAUUUUGUGAUCGGGAGGAUUUAGGUUGUAACCGAGAAUGAGAUGAUUGAAGCAAGAGGUCAUAAUUUCAUUAAUAUCAGUUACAUGUAAUGUUGCCAAAUGUCUUCAAUCACAUUUCUUUAGUCCACCAAUCUUAAUCUCAUUAAUAGAAUGUUACCAAAUGUUCUCAAUCACAUUUCCUUAGUCCACCAAUCAUGAGAAUCGCAGGAGACUGUAGCCAAGUUUUUUAUGGCAUUCUAUGGCAUAGCAUUGCUGGCAGUAAUAUGCCGUUACCUUGUACGUGAAGCUGCAUCCUGAAAGAACCAGUGACCAUCUAAUGAUUUAUGGAAGUUAAGAUGUAUGCAGAAGCCUUGAAUAUAAUCCCUCUUUGUAUUUAAGACACAAGCAUGUGAACUACAGGAUGCUAACUAUGCAUAAAUUAGCGCUGCCAAUAGUCCCAACAUGAACAAGAGCCAUCACGAAAAUGAUGGAACCGAUUGGUGUCGCUCACAAAGAUUGCUGAAUGACAAUCACCACAAACCUUGAUGUUCUUCUUGAUCCGGAUGGUGAAUCCAAGAGGGUUUAGGGUUUAGAAGCGCAAAUGCAAGUGCAAACUUCUCACUGUGAAAUUUGCAAGUCAAUGUUGUUGUGCAUCCUACAAGCACCUGGCAAGGCUCUCCAUCCAUCUGCUGUGGGUUCAGUGGGCUCUUAUGAACUUGUCAGCUCUAUCAAGAAGACCUGCUCGGCCAAGAAGAUCAACCAUUGUAAACAUAACGGAAAACUUGUGGUUCUAUUUUGAACUAUUUCCUCAUCAAGUGAAAAUAGUACUGUCCUUCAUUCAAGAGGUGAGAGUGGCUACAGACAGUAAGAACACAGGAAAUAUACAAUCAGGUUGAAUUCCAAACCUAAGCGUUUCUUCAAGAGCUGCACAGUUUCCUUCCCAACCCAUGCUGGGCGUAUCCCUUACGCAUCGUAGUCCAAGAAACAAUGCCUCGCUCAACCAAACGGGUCAAAUACCUUUCUAGCAUCCUCAAUGCUGCCCUCGCUCCUCGGCAUCCAUGUCAAGAAGAGAAUUCCCGGCAAAA